AUGAUUUCGCAAAAGGAGAUAUUUGACAAAACGAAGAGAGCGAUUGAGCUGUGGGGUUGCUAUUCGGAGACAGAAUCCAACCAUGACACCACCCCGCCCAAACGCCAAAAGCGCGAUGAAUACCGCAAAGCUACAGCAGAGGCCGCCUCACAACCCGGCCCCAGCGACGCCGCAGAGAUCAAGCUGCCCAAGAAAAAGUACUAUCGUCAGCGGGCGCACGCAAAUCCCUUCUCGGACCACCAUCUGAAAUACCCCCUCAGCCCGGCGCAUAUGGACUGGUCAUCGCAUUACCCUGCCUUUGUGGAUCCGGACCCGUCGCAUACCAAUCUCGCCGGGGCCCGGAAGCUCCUGAAGGAUGUGGAGGUUGUGGAUAUCGGGUGUGGUUUUGGCGGGUUGCUCAUUGGGCUUGCGCCUCUGCUGCCGGAGUCGUUGAUAGUUGGCAUGGAGAUCCGCGUCUCGGUCCUUGAAUACGUGACGACGCGCAUCCAAGCCCUCCGGGCCCAGCAGCAUAAGCUCAGGGCUGCAACUGCAACUGCCACAGGAGCAGCGUCGGAAACUCCGUCUCAGCAGCAAGUUCAGAUAGAUGGGAAACAAGCAAACGCAAACGCAGCGGCGGAGGCAGCGUCGCCCUCCCCCUCCACCGACACCGAGCACGCCCCUACCACUCUCGUCCCGGGCUCCUACGAAAACAUCUCCGCAAUCCGCAGCAACACCAUGAAAUUCUUCCCUAAUUUCUUCGCCCGCCAUCAGCUUUCCAAGAUCUUCAUUUGCUUUCCGGACCCGCACUUUAAGGCCCGCAAGCACAAGGCCCGGAUUAUCUCCGAGACGCUGAAUGCCGAGUAUGCCUACGCUUUGCGGCCGGGUGGGUUUUUGUACACGAUCACCGAUGUGGAGGACGGGGGUGCGAAUGUUGGGGUGAGGGAACUCUUUGAGCGGGUUUCGGAGGAGGAGCUGGAGAAGGACGAGUGUGUGCGGGUUAUGAAGGAGGCCACCGAGGAAGGGAAGAAGGUGGCUCGGAAUAAGGGGAAUAAAUACGUGGCUGUCUUUCGGCGUAAGGCGGAUCCUGAAUGGCCUGCAUGACUCAUUUGUUAUUGAGCAUAAACCAAGCGACCGUGGAAUGCAGAAUGAGUGAUGGAUUGAAAAAUGCUAUUCUGUAAAGGAUGCUGCCUGUCGAACUCCAUAGUAUGAUUCAAACCAAAAAAAAGAAAACAGUCUUACAGCACCCGCUGCAUGCAUAAUCAUACCAUAUCGCCGU